AAACAAUAAAAGUAGAACUAGAAAAAUAAUAACUGUAACAAAAAAUAAGUUUUUCAAUAAAAAGGGACUUUCAACAAAAAAAAAAAGGAAACCAAGGAUGCAUUCUUCAUGAAGGAUGAGUUGCGGACAUGUGGAUGUCUGACGUGCUAGACAAUGCUGCAUGCUGGGCAUGCGCUGAGCUAUAGGCGGAUGAAGGAUGGUGCGUUGGAGAGAGUCUUAUAAAAUUCCAUUGAGAUGUUUUUGUUGUCAUAUUCAUCUAUAUAUUACUAUGUAGAUACUUAGAUUAUUCGUGUUUAGUUAUUUAGAUGAAUGGACUAUGUUAUUGGAUCAAAUUACAAUCGGGCAAUGGGCUAGAAAUUAAAAUGGGCUAAAUAUCUUAAACGAGCUGAAAUCUUAUUUAACAAUUUAUUAACCCAAUAAAUUUUUGAGUUUGGAGCGGAAUGGACUGGAAUGUUAUCAGUCUAAAAAGCAACUUGAACUCGGGUCGGUAAGAAAUUGGUCUUACUUGAAAUCAGUUGUUGUAGUCUGAUCCAAUUCAGUUUUCAAGCAUAACCCGAUAUUUGUAUCAUUCGGAUUUAAUAUAUUUUCAACCCAAUGACGCAGAAAGAGUCAACGUUCUCUUGCUCAUCCACACACUCUGAGCUUGGGUGAACUCUUCCCCCCUAAAUCCUCAUGGAGUGAGUGUGAGAAAGUUGGAGGCCGGACGUUUGAAUGGCUACGUUUGCUCAUUCAACGCCUUCCCUCGAUUCAACGUCAUUACCGCUUACCGGAGAAGGGGUUUUCAGUAGCUGGAUUGGUGUUCUUCACAGCUUUUGGCAGCGGGCUGAUUGAAGAUCACAUUAGCUUCUCUUCUGGUCAUUUUAUCAAACAGCUGGUGCUCUUACAGAAAAGUACUAAGAAGCCAGCAUGGAUGUCGAUGCUGAACCUACAAUGGAUGAAACUAUCCUGGUGGGUGAUGACCUAAUGAUGGGCCUACCAUCACCAACGAUUCCACCGGAGAUAGCGUCUCAUGUUCUUGAAGGUGUUGAUACAUGUGAGAAACUCUUAAGGAAUCUUUUCCUAUGCUUACAAGUCAAUGAUAUUGAACCAUUUUGCCAGGAUGAGAUUGUCAUGUAUCAACAAUGUGCAGAGAAACGGGAUAAGGUGCUCAGACAACGGCUUCAAGAUAGUGAGCUUAAAUUAGGUUUGUCAAUGCCUCUAGAGAAAGCAAAAGAACGAGCAACCCAUCUAGAAUCAGAAGUUACAUCACUAGAGAGGCGCUUAAUAUUGGCAAGUGGUGUUGAGGGCAUGGAAGGAUUUCGACAGAGGUGGAGUCUCCAUGGCCGUCUUACAGAUACCAAAAAAAGGCUGGAGUCUCUGAAGCAGGGCAUGGAUAGUAGAAGGAAGGGCAAUGAGGCAACUGGAAGUACCUCCUCCAUAAAAAAGAAAUGGUUCUUCUGGUGAAAGCCGGUUUUUUUCUCUGCCCGAUGCACAAUCGCCAUUAACAGUAGAAGAAAAUUACAAAGCCCAAUGAUGGCAAAUGAAAUGGGCGUCGGCAAAAUUCUUCUGGUGUUGACCAUGGUAAUUUAUCACCUUUCCAAUUCUUUGAAAACAGCAGCAGCAAAUCAUAUACAGUAGUUGGUAUAGUUGUAUGCCGAGUUUUGUCGAAUGGCUCAUUAUAUUUCAUUUCUGUUUUACCAUUCUUGUGGCUACCAAAAAAUGUCCUUUUUUACCAACAGUAAAUUAGGAAAAUGUUUAAAUGACAAGUUGGAGUGGCCAAGUUUUCACACACUUCACACAUGGGAGGUCUUGUG